UGACUAGAGAGUCUCAAAUGUUUACUUACCAAUAUUAAUUAAAAGCAUUCAAAUCAUAGAGCUGCAAAUCGCGUUUCAAAAUAAGGUUUGUUAAAGUAGUGCCUCUCUUAGUCAUCUUGUGGCUUAUUGCACUUCCUGAACCAACUAUCCAUCAACUUCCUCUUUUUCUGCAGAAAGCAGUUCAGUUUGGCUACAGGACCAUUUUUAAUCUGAACUGAACCACCCCUUUUGCUUUCUUAGCCAAAUCGGCAAAAUGUCCAGUUAGAACAAGAAUUUAGCAUUCUGCAAAAAGAAGUUAACAGCUGAGUGAAAAGGAAACGUUCUGAAAUGGAUCCCAAGGAUUUCAUCUUAAUUUUGUUUUGUGGGCACUUCAAUGAUAUAUUUCUCUUAGAGGCAGAAGAUAUUACAACAGAGUCUACUGUAUUUGGUUCCUCAAGGCCGUAUGUCUCAGCUAAUUCUCAAAACACAACAGGGAAUCCUUUGAGUCAACCAACAGAUUUCAACCCUGUUUCUUCGGCACAACCCAUAUCAACCGCCAAAGUUGCUGCCGGACACUCCACACCAGGUGCUGAUGCUUCCUCUGAAAAGCCAGCAGCACACACUUCUGCUGGGCAACCACUUGCCUCUAACAUCACCACACAACCAAUGCUGAUGGCCAAUGACUCCUCCCGACCAACAGUACCACCUGUGCUUACUUCUGCCAGACAACUACCACCAUCUGCCCAUACUUCUCCCACACAACUGCCGCCGUUUCUCUCUACUUCUACUCAUCAACCAUCAUCUAGCCACAACUCUUCUGGAAAACCAACACCAUCGACUGUUCAUAAUCCAGCUUUACAAACAACACCAAGUGUCAAAACCUCACAGAGGAUUACUCCAGGAUUCAUCCUAGAAACUACCAGUAACACAACUAUCCCACGUGAAACCAAUUCUAAUUCAAUAGCCGCCAUAUUAGUGGGUGUAAUUCUGACUUCUAUGUUGGUAGCCAUAAUCAUGAUUGUGCUAUGGAAAUGCUUUAGAAAACCGGUUUCAAGUGAUCAGAAUUGGGCAGGUAGGUCUCCCUUUGCCGAUGGUGAAACCCCCGACAUAUAUUUGGAUAACUUUAGAGAAAACGAAGCACCCACAAAAAGGACAUCAAUUGUUUCACUCAUGCCCUGGAAACCAAGCAAAAACACACUCUUAGCAGAUGACUUAGAAAUUAAGUUGUUUGAAUCGAGUGAACACGUUGGAGAUUCCAACCACGCCAAAACAGAGAAAAUAAAAGAUCAGGUAAAUGGCACAUCAGAGGAGAGUGCUGGGGGAUCAACCAUUGGCACUGCUGUUUCUUCUUCAGAUGAUGCAGAUUACCCACCUCCUCCCCCACUUCUUGAUUUGGAAGGACAGGGGAGUAACCAAUCUGAUAAACCCACAAUGACAAUUGCAUCUCCUCUUCCAAAUGAUACCACCAAUCUCCCACCAUCUCUGGACUGUCUCAAUCAAGUCUGUGAAGAUUAUAAUCCUGAGUCUGAACAAUCAUUCCCACCUCCGCCCGACUCAUCAUUUCACUUUCCCCCAGCACCAGGAGAUUUCAUGGAAAGCCAGCAAGGUCCCAACAAUGAGAUCCAGGAUCAGGAGUUCUCCAUUCCUCUGGACUCUGGUGAAGCCUAUAGUGAAUCCCUGCCACCCCCACCUGAAGACCUGUUAUAAAUACUGUAAUUUGCUUUUUAGCUGAUUUUCCAUCCUUUCUAUGGAACGCCAGCUUUUGUUUUUCUUCAUAUGAUGAAAUAUAUUAAAUGCAACUGGUCGCCGAUUUUUAUUUUUAUUCAGGACCUACCUGAAAUCUGCUCAGCCCAUGUGCAUGGCUGGAACUUAUUUUUAAAAAAUGAUACAACAGUGAUCUAUUUACUAGCUAUUGUAGUUAACUUUAAUGUAUAGAACAUUUUACCUAUGUAGAUGGUAUGUAUGUCAGUAACUUAACCAUUUUGGAAAUAAACAAUCUACAUAUAGUUAAUAUCA